AUGUCUGAGUCUAUCGGCCGCUCUUCUCCACGGGUAGAUUGCAAAUCUCGUCGUCCUGAUGGGUCGCGGACUCUAACACCCGAAAAAAAGAGAUUUGAAGAGGACGUCUCCCCCGUCUCACUUCACGACACAUCAACAUCAUCCGACCGCUCCUCAUCAGCCAGAUGUAAACGCCACCACCGUAAAUCUGCUAAGAGAGAUGCCCGUGAAAACGAUGACAUUUGCAGGUCACACAGAGACAGAGACGGUAGAUAUUGUGAAUACAAACGUCGAAAGCGCUAUGAGGAUCGAGAUGAAGAUGAAGAAGAAACGAGCAAAGCUCAGUCUAAGCAUUCGCGACUUGAUGAUAGUUAUGAUCGCGAUGACAAACGAGGGAAGGAGUCCGAAGGAGGGGCAUGUCGUGAAAAGGAAAAACAUCGAAGAGGUAGAAAGCGUUCAGUGGAGAGAGAGGAGAAAAGGGGCAGUAAACGAAGGUACAAGGAAGAACGUGAGGGCUCGUCAAAGUGCCGGCGAUCAGGAGGUGAGCAUGGCCACGCAAGCAUGGAUAAGGAAGACAAGGAAAAACGCUCUAGACGCCGAAGCAGAUCUCAAAACUCCCCGUUUCGAGUCUCCUCAGCACAUAAUGAUAGAUCCUCACCCUCCACCAAGCAACACCUCAAUCCCUUCGUAAGUACUCUCCUCAAACCGCUCACCAGAGAGGACACCUCAGAUACAGAGUUUGAGGAGUUCCUUCCAGUUGGUUUCCUUUCCGGAGAACUUGCCAAGCGUUCGAUGCCCUUGCCAGCCGACCUGUUGCAAAAAGUGGCGUCGUCACAGCCGCAACAAAAACAAUCGCCUGACCAGGCCGUGUUAACUGGCCCACAAUCGGUAGCUAGCACUGAACCACAGAAGUCUGUUGAGGACGGCGAGAAUCGGUUUGACAACUUCCUCUCUCGCCUGUCAACUCGUAUGCAAGAGCAGGGACUAGAACCUGAAACUUGGAAAGACAGAGAAAUUGAUUUUUCGGAACUCUUGACAGAGGAGAAGAAUGCACUCAGGUUGGCUGCAUCAACAACAGCGAUGAAACAGAAGCAGUUGUUGGAGUCGAGUCUCUGCACGCCGUGGCAGGGAAUCACUGAAAAGAAUCCAGAAGACGUCGACGAUGAAGAGGCCCUCAAACUGGAAGCAGAACCCACUGAAGACAAGGGGGAACAGCCAGUUAAUUUGGUGGCUCUGGCGUCGAUGGGUUUCAGUCGACGUUUUCUCGGCGAUCGAUUGGCCAGGGAACUAGAGUCCAGAGGUCUGUCUCUCCCUCCAGCGACGGGCUUUCCACACUCCACGACGCACCAACCCUUGAAAGGAACAGUUCCAACCAUAUUUGGAGAGAUUCGCUGGCGCCAGAGCCUUCUUGGGAUUAUUCAUGCCUGA